CGGGAAUUAAAUUUGUAGCCAAUGAAUCAUCCACUUUCGCGUUCCUCUGUCCAAUCAGGGACUCGAUGGCGAGUAGCAGCGGCUGCGGGCGGUGAUAGGUGGCACAUUUCUUCUUCGGAGUGGAAAAGUGUGCUAAUAUUAAAGAUGCAGUUCAUGCUUCUUUUCAGCAGACAGGGCAAGCUUCGCCUCCAGAAGUGGUACGUGCCGCUGUCGGACAAGGAGAAGAAGAAGAUCGGCAGGGAACUGGUGCAAACCAUCCUGGCGCGCAAACCCAAGAUGUGCAGCUUUCUGGAGUGGAGGGACAUGAAGGUGGUGUACAAGAGAUACGCCAGCCUGUACUUCUGCUGCGCCAUCCAGGAGCAGGACAACGAGCUGAUCACGCUGGAGAUCAUCCACAGAUACGUGGAGCUGCUGGACAAAUACUUUGGCAGCGUGUGCGAGCUGGACAUCAUCUUCAACUUUGAGAAGGCCUACUUCAUCCUGGACGAGUUCCUGCUGGCCGGCCAAGCCCAGGAGACGUCCAAGAAGACCGUGCUGAAAGCCAUAGAGCAGGCCGACCUUCUGCAGGAGAACAUAGACGCUCAUUCGCGCAUGUUUGCAGCCCCGUCACGACUACUUUCAUGUCCCUGUGUACUGAACCGGCCGUCCUCCGCCUUGUGUGCAUGCCGUCCCUCUGCAUGUGUCCCCACUGUGGACCCUUCCUCUUCCUCAGCCCUCUGCAAUGUCCGCCUGCCACUCCCUGGCUAAAAGUGCACCCUUUCUCUCGGAGACCAGUCCAAGUACCAACGAUCCGGUCCUCACAAAAUGUUUGAAUUGGAUCACGUGACGUGUGUGUUGUCAA